CACACGUACAUAGUUCGAAGUGUGGAUUUUGUGUGUACAUUAUCAAUUUUCAUGAAGAUUGACUUAUUUUGUGGGCGUGAUACGAAUCCAUUACUCAUUUACUGGACUGCUAAAAAGACAAAUAUUGUAACUGACGUGUUUUAAUCAUAGUACCGUGUUGUUACGACGAUUUUUUGCAUUUUCUGGUGACUUUACCGGCAGCAGAAUGAAGUUAAAAGUCACAGGUGUAAUCGGGAAACAACGCUCAUUCACUCGGCCGGCCUUUUUACGAUGAUGCGAAGCCACAGGUGAACUGACGACCCUCUUUUCAGCAAGUUGAUGUCACCAAGUUUUCAACAACCUUCUUUAAAGCUUUACCGAUUAAUCUUCACCAUGGAUCCACCACCUGACAAACUCCGAGACUCAAGUCACUGUGCAUCAUGUUCCAAAGCAAGGAUCAAUUUUUGUACAAACUCGUGCUUUUUUAGGAACAUAACUCCACCGAUAUGGUCACAUGCCUUGUGUAGGCUCAGCUUAUCCAGUUUGCAUGUCAACAGUUUGACGAGAGCUCUAAAUAGGCCUAUAAGAUGGCAGUCUUUUUUACAUUUCACUCUGAUGCUGAUGCUGUUGUUAAGAACAGGGUUUGCAGAAGCAUCAUGUACAGCAGACUCACCUUAUGUAGGAUACCGUCUGGUUAUUCCUGAUGAUCAAUUGAAGAGACAAAGCAUUGUACUAUCAGAGAAAGACUGUGUGGAUACCUGUUGCCUCAAGAAAUACUGUGAUGCAGUCUGGAUAUUAGAAGGAAGCUGUUAUCAUGCCAGGUGUAAAACAAACAGUCAAUGCAUCCCUGUGAAAGCUCAAUGGCCACAUGAUGAUGAAAGUAAUAUUGUUUAUGUUAUGAGAAGAACGACCCCACUUGAUGAUGAAGAUUCAAGUAUUGAUUGUAACCCUCAUGCAAAGUGGGACACCUGCCCAGUUAUGGAACAUUGCAGCACAUUGACUUACCAGUGUGAAUGUGAUCUUGGAAUGACAAGGAACUUUGGGACAAACCAUUGUGAAUCAGUUCCCAGCGACAAAAUUCUUGAGAAACUACGUGUAAAAAGGAGUAAGAGCCAAUUGGAUACCACAAGCAACCGUUUCCAUGGUAAUCAAGACCCAAGCGAUCCUGAGGAUCAGAAAUCCUGGACGGAAAAUUUAAGGUUCUGUAAAUCCGACGGGGAGUGCAAGAAAUUGGAGUACUGCUUUGGACUGCUAAUUUACUCGGAGGGUGUUUGUCAAUGUGAAGAGGGGUACCAAUGGUCACAGGAGCUAGACGUGUGUCAGAAAGAGUACCUUGAAGGGGAUACCAUCAACCCGACCACCAAUCUCUCACCUCAAUCCAUGGAACACAUCCCUGUCACACCCCCUGACAUAUCCACGACAUAUCAGACAACCCCCGGCACAACCUCCUCCAAUGGGACAGAUAGCCCCAAACAAAGCACUGCAAUUACAGCUGAUGUUGGGGGGAUUGCUGGGGUAGAGGUUGCGGGGUCACACCCUGGGGAUGAGUUAGUCCUGCCAGACAAGAAGAACACAGAAGACACGAUGGGGCACCAAGAGAAUAAAACGGAACCAAACAAUACCACAGAGAGGGUCGAUCUUCCAAAGACUGAAUCCUCACCAUCUCCACGACCAGAAACCCUGACCCAUAGUGAUAUGAAUACAACACAGAGUGACACACAGGGUAAUACAGACAGUGAUAAAGGGUUGGAUACUCUAACAGAGAAGGAUCUCCCAACAGUCAAACUGACUACAACUCCAAAGGUGACUCAGGCUGUAACUGAGGCUGUGACGACCCCUAAGCCACUAACAACAAUACCACCAGUGACCAAACUGACUGUUUCUGCUGGUGAGGAGAAAACCCUGCAGCUUCCUGAUGAGGAUCAUGUGACUCUGUUUGCCUACGUGGUUCCAGAGACCCAGCCCAGUGGUAAUGACUACAGAUAUGAAUGGCAGGUUAUAGAGGAUCCUGACGGUGGAAAGAAAGGGGAGAUGAACGGGGAACACUCCAAACAGCUACAACUUGCAGGGUUGUCAGCUGGAGUGUUUAGGUUCAAAGUUGAAGUGCAAGGUGAUGGUUCCUAUGGUUCUGCUACAGUGAAUGUUACUGUCCUUCCACCACCACGGCUUAACCAGCCACCUAAGGCCGUCAUCAAUCCUACAAGUCAAGAUGUCUUCCUACCUAACCCUGGUACAUUUCUCGAUGGUGCAGAUAGCACUGAUGACGAUAAGAUAAUGAGUUAUCAUUGGGAGGAAGUUGAAGGUCCAGUCAGGGAGCAGAAGAUUACUGGAGAUACCCAGACAUUGAAACUGACUGACCUUGUACCAGGCUCCUAUGUCAUCAGUUUAACAGUUACUGAUUCUGAUGGUGCAACAGACUCUGCACUGGCCAAUGUGACCGUCAAAGAAGAGACUGACAAUCCUCCUGUUGCUAAAGCUGGUAAGGAUGUGAUCAUCAAGCUACCAGUCAACUCCGCUAUUCUCUAUGGUAACAGUAGCUUUGAUGAUCACCCUGAUGUGACUUAUGUGUGGUCCAAAGAAAGAGGCCCUGCAGCCGACAUGUCGGGUUCUUCUUCAGCCAUACUGCAUCUGGAUAAUCUUGAAGAAGGGACCUAUGUCUUCAGACUAACCCUCAAAGACUCCAAGGACCAAACAGACUUGGAUGAGGCUACAGUCAUAGUCAAACCAGAGAAUAAUUUGCCUCCUACAGCAGAUGCUGGGCCAGAUAAGGAACUGUCAUUACCAGACGAUUCCACCACACUGGAUGCCUCAGAUAGCAAAGAUGAUCUAGGCAUCACUACAUAUCACUGGCAGAAAGUUAGUGGGCCUAAUGAGCCAGAGAUUACGGAUGCUGAUCAAGUUGUGGCUACUGUGUCUGGACUAAUGGCAGGUCACUACCUCUUUAAGCUGACUGUUGGUGACAAACAUGGUGCUACAGACAGUGAUACUGUAGAUGUUAUUGUCAAGAAAGAGAUAAACAUUGCACCUGUUGCCCACGCUGGACCUGAUAUUAGCAUCCAGCUUCCUAAUGAUGUAGUUGAAUUAGAUGGAUCAGAAUCUACAGAUGAUAAAGGAAUAGUGUCUUAUGAAUGGAAGAGAAACCCCAAGAGCCCUGCUGCAGGGUCUGCUAUAGGAAACACAGCUCAUGAGGCUGUAUUGAAGCUAAGGAGUUUGGUAGCUGGUACAUAUUACUUCACUCUCAAUGUAACUGAUGCUAAAGGAGCUUCUAAUACUGAUACAGUGGUAGUCACUGUAGCAAAAGAUCCACACAAGCUGAAUUUAGUUGAGAUCACAUUUGAUGUGGAAGUAUCCAAGUUCACUCAACAAGAUAAGGUGGACAUGGUGCGAUCAUUGGCCGUCUUAUUGUCUAUCCGUGAUGAAGAUGUUAAUAUUCAAGAAGUUUUCCACACUCCAAAUGAACAAUUGCAAGUUGUCUUCUAUGCCACUAAUGCGACGUCCCACUCAGCAAUACCAGGCCCCACUGUGGUCAAAAUAUUAACCAAGAAGAAACUUUCCAGCGAGACUGACCUCCUCAAGUUUAGGGUUCUAGAAGUAGACACCAUGAUCUGCCAGAGGAACUGUUCCAACCAUGGUAUCUGUAACCCUUACACUAAGCUGUGCGUCUGUGAAAGUUUCUGGAUGGAGAAUUACCUCAGGACAUGGCUUGGAGAUGGACAGAGUAAUUGUGAUUGGAGCAUUUUGUAUGUGAUUAUAGCAGCGUGUUUCCUAGCUAUUGGAGUAGCUGGUCUGUGCUGGCUCUGUAUAUGCUGUAUAAAAAGGAGAAGGAAGAAGGUGAAGAGGAGGCGGAGAUAUAAUCUCUUAUCUCAAGAUCUGGAUGGGCAAGAGUCUAUGGAAAUGUUACCAAAGAAAGCAAAUGAGCAUCUAUCUGAGAUGACAAGGAACAACAAUGGUAGUGUCCUUGAUAAACUGACUGACAAAGGCUCUUUCCAAGGUAAGCAGAGUAGCAGUAUCAUGAUAUCGGAAUCAGAUGAUGACAGUGACGAAGAAACUACAUUGUUCGACUCCAAGAAGCGUCAGGGGAAAAAUGGCAAAGCCAACGGAUCUGUGCAGACGGUCCAGCCUCGCAAGAAGAGACCCUUCCCUCUAAUCAGCUCCAACAACAGAACUGAGAAAUUGUAAAAGAAAUUAAAAGCUGAAACAAAAAGUCUGUGGAAUGCUGGUGUUCAAUGUUGUUGGGCAGCAGAAUGUAUUUUUCGUCUUGUCUCAAAUAUGAUUUUGAAGAUUUAAGCAAACAAAUAAAUUUAUUUUGACUAAUCCUCAUUUUACUGGAAUUCAUUAUAUUUCAAUGUUUGCAAAGAAAGAAACAACUCUUCUAGUACAGCUCUCUGAAAGGUGGAUUAUAUUCUUGGAAGUGAAUUAAUUUGUUACCGACUUGUAACCUUUCAAGAAAAACUUCACAAAAAGAAUUAACUCUUCGAGUUAUGAUUAUAAAAUCAAAUUUAUGUUUAGCAUUCUAAUAGCUUGAAGCAGUAUAACUAUGAGUGCAAGUUUCCUGGUGCCGAUUUCACAAAGCAAUACAAUGCAUGGCAAGACAAAAUGUCAGUAUAACCAGAGCCUUGUCCAAGGCUCUUUAUGCAAGCACCUUGCUUUGAGUAGCGUUGGAUGACGAACUGCAAACAGCUUUGUUUGUACGAGGUUGAAAAACCUUUUAAAAAACAUGCUUCGACCCCACGGUAUCAAGUACUGUAUAUCAAAUAAAGAGUACCCUGAGUGAAUUUGGGGCUCAGUGGCCGGUGCUUGUGAAAAAAGCCUUGGACAAAGUUAGUUUUACCAAUGGUGAUUUGUAUUGUGACAUCACACUAAGCAACUACAAUAGACCC